UUCUGUACAGUAAAAAUGUCGCAGUACGUCAAUUUUCUACAAGGAUAGAGCUACGAAUUUGUCCGUUUUCUCCAAAAUCGGGCUCUGCCUUUCCGAAGAAGCUCUUAGGGGGCAAGUGUAGUCUUUACCCAGCGCUUGAACCCCGAUCCCUCAUCACAAUGGGUGGAGCAGUGAGCGCCGGGGAAGACAACAAUCAUCUCGUUGACAAUCUCCGAGAAGCCGAUUACAUCAAGACAGAGCAGGUGGAGAAAGUCUUCCGAGCUGUUGAUCGCAUCAACUACUACUUAGAUGGAUAUAAAGACAAUGCUUACAAGGACCUAGCCUGGAAACACGGGAACAUACAUCUCUCAGCUCCAUGCAUCUACUCUGAGGUAAUGGAAGCAUUGAAACUGGAGCCUAACUUGUCCUUUCUAAACAUUGGCAGUGGUACAGGCUACCUUAGUACAAUGGUUGGACUAGUCUUAGGGGCACAUGGUAUUAAUCAUGGUUUGGAGAUCCAUUUAGACGUGAUUGAGUUUGCCAAGGGUAGACUAGACAACUUUAUCAAGGAGUCCUCUUCCUUUGAUCAGUAUGAACUCUGUGAACCCAAGUUUGUGCAAGGUAACGGUCUACUGCUGUGUUCUGGGUGCCGUACCUACGACAGGGUUUACUGUGGUGCUGCCUGCCCAGCUGAGCAUGAAAACUACAUGAAGAAUCUCCUGAAGGUGGGCGGGGUACUAGUCAUGCCGCUGGAAGAUCAGCUAAAGCAGAUCACACGCGUCGGUCAGAGCGAAUGGGAUAGCAAGAAUAUUCUGCCAGUGUCGUUUGCUCCCCUCAUCCUCCCAUCUAUGACAGAGGGACAAAGCUUCUCAACUGUGGAACUACCUGAGGUCAACUCAAAAUCUCUACAAGACCUCUCUCGCAUCAAAAUCCGCACAAUCAUCCGGGACAUUGUCAACGUGGAGCACCCUCCAACUCAGAGCGGUAAACGGCAGCCGCGUAAGCCUCCACCACGUCGCAUGCCGAACUGCAUCAUGAUACGCAACGUCAGCAACAUGCUGGAACUCGCUGGAGAGCUGAUGAGCGACUACGACUACGAUAGCGAUGAGAUCUUAGAGGAGGAAGAAGAGGAAGAUAAAGAGGAGGAGCAGAAGGAGGAAGAGGGCGAAGACUGGAAGAAACAGGACUUUGAGACAGACGAUUCUGAGAGAGGAGAAAGACAUGGAAGUGGUGACGGAGAUUCCAAAGCGAAGGAGAAAAAUGGGAGACGCGGAAGCCAUAACGGUCGACAGAGACACCAGAGAGGUCCCGGCUACUCGCCGUCCACGUCUCGUCCAGGUAGGUAUGUGGUGGAGUUCAGUCACCACCCACCGGAGAGUAACGUCGAGGACAACCCGCAAGAGCGGGAAUCCCCAACGCCGCAGCCUGAUGAGCAGCGGAAAACCACUAUGGAGGAAUGUCUAAGCGAAGCCUUUGAAUUUGCCCGAAGUCUAAAGCGGGCAUAUGACAACGGGCCCCCGCAGGACAGAAAGCGAGUCAACGAUGGACAGAGCGAGUGUGAGUCGAUGGAAGAGAUACAGGGUGCUUGCGCUGAUGAUCCUUUGUACUCGAUGAACGAAUUGGCAGACUUUGACAAAGACCCUCACUCAUCGCCGGCUCCGCCAUCAUCCCAAAAGGAGAUGAAAAAUAAAACGGCACAAGAGGAAGUGAGGAAGUCAACACCGGAUAAUGGUCUGGCAAAACAGCAAGGUAACAUUUCUCCAAUGAUACAUACUCCACCCGAACACGACAAUGGAGACGCCAGCAAUGCAAAGUCCGUAAUGGAGGACACCUGGAGGCGGUCCCGAAGCCCGCCUCCUGUCGAUAGCAGACCCUCCCAGAUGCGACACUCUUACCCUCUCCGAAGCCGCGACCAUCAUGCACGCGGAGAGGAGAGUGGUAACUCUAGCGACAGCUCUCAAACCUCCUCCAGCGGGGUGUCUGAUGACAUGAUCUUCGAUCACCUGAAGCGUAAGAAGCGUCUUGGAAAACAGAGAAAGAAGGCUGCAGCUCCGCUGCCGUCAGGUCCAAACUACUUGAAGGAGAAAAUAGUCCAGCUUCCUCUACCCCAGUCACUCAUCUCAUAUCUCCUAUACCACCGCGAGAUAUGAAGUCAGAACAUUUGCCAAAUUGACUGGGAAAAAAGUUCAUUCGAGAGAAAAAUCUCGCCACUUGCAGUUUGAAAUGUUCCAUAAGAAGGUACUGAAAAUCACCGUAGCUUAACUUUCAAACCUAACAACUUAAUUUAUAUCGCCAUAUGUAAAGUUUACAUUAAACAAUGUGGUACAGACUUUGGUACUGAACCAUUUAAACUUGAAUUUACUUGUAUAUACAACUAAAAAGAAAAGAUUUAUAUUGUUAUGGAAUGGUUGUGAUGUGAAUUUAAAAAUGAGCUAUACUGUAGAAGACAAAAUUGUUCUACAUGUAUGACAUAAUUUAUUUUCUGCUUAAUUCUGUUUUGUGGUGUUACUUGACCGUGUUAGGAAAAACUAAUUACGAGGAAGUAAUUUAGAGGUUUGUUGGGUUGAAUUUUUUGUAUAUAUGAAACUCUAGGAGUAAUAGGGUUUAAAUGGUUUGAGAAGUGUUGAGGUUUUGUAGUUGUUUUUUUAAUCUGGCAGCCGUCUUGAAUUGCUUAGGAACAAGUCUUUGGUCUUUGAAAGAAAAAAAUGAAACAAAACGAAGCGAAAACUUAGAAUGAUAUUGACUAUAAAAGGAGAAUUCUCCAAAAGACAGUGUACAAAGCAUAUAUUCAAGUCAUUUGUCUACAAUUUAAACAAUCGUACUCUGUAAUAAAAUGAAGACUUUUGUGCAUUCAAAAGUUUUUUAGCAAGUGUAAAUGCAUUCUGUAUAUUUCCUCUUAAAAUGCAACAGCGCAACAAAAACAAAGAAAAAGUAUCUGAAUUCUAUGGUGUUGAAUUGCUUAUCAUUCUGUGACAGUGGCUUUGGAAAUAUUUUUCUUGAGUGGUUAAGAGUUUUAUACAUUGUCAAUGUUUUAAAGGUGUUAUACAGGAUUGGUAUAAGGAUACAAAUUGUUGUUAAAUUGUAGUCUGUAAGCUUAAUGGUUAUGAAGUUUAUAUUAGAACUAUUUUGGUGGCAUACUUCCCUCUGAAAUGAAGUCAUAUUUGAGAAAACUGUAUUUCAAAAACUUACAAAAAUACAGCAGCUGAUUUGGGUUGUUACAACCAAAAUUAAGAUCAUUGUGUUGACAUGCUGAAAACUGCAUGGUUUUUCUCUAUGUUCUCCUUGCUCACAACAAAUUAAGGUUUGUUGUUUUUGUUUUAUAUAUAAAUGUGGCUGAUCACACAAAACAUGAACACUGUUUGCAGCUAUUUUGUCAGCUCUACUAACCCUGUAAAACACCUUAAAGGAUAAUGCAGAUUUUCCUGUAAAAUUCAAAAUAUGCGAACAAAGGAACCAUUAUCAAAAUGUUGUAAAAAACACAGGAAUCACGAUUAAAUAAAUAUAUAUGUAACUAAAGUUAACAAAGCUCACUGAAAAGACCGUGCAACUUGUUUAUUUUGUUUUGCAAUUAUGUUGUUUUCUUAGGGCAGGUUGGGGGAAUAGUGGCUUUAAUAAACUGACUUUGAUGAUACAAGCAUGGAAUUUGGCAAACAUUCAGAGUAUGCCAGAAAGAUAUGAACAAGAUAUUUGGCUGUAGGGCCACUAGACUUUGUUCUUCUACAUAAUUACUUUUUUUGUUUUGCCUUAAAGCCAAAUAUCUUUCUCGUGACAUAUUUUGACUGUGAGCCAAGUUCCAUGCGUUGAUCAUCUAGAGCCAUGAUCCCACCACCUUCCUGUGGUACUAUUUAUUUACAACACACUUAGAUGAUUAUUGGCUUUAUAUUCUUCUUUAGAUUGUUCCCUUUAUAAAAUAGAAAGUGCUUCCUGAAUAUUUCCUACAGAAGUUUAAAGUGAAGACCAGAAUUCCAUUUUUCCCCAAAGAAAAUGAAUAGAAUGGGAUUUGAACCAACGAUCCCUUGGUUAAGCAUGCCGGCGCUCUACCGACAGCUACCUAGCCUUAUGCUGGUGUUCUCCCUAGUCAAUUUUUCUUUGUUCAAACCCUAAUCCCUCUGCUACUAGCAGGCAUAAUAUCAAAGCAAUACCAUCAAAGAUGCACAACCAAGCAAUUUUAAGUUAGAAGUUGCAAAAGAAAGUGGCAAAAUAACUCUAGAAAUUAAAGGUCAAACAUAGAAUUGGUAUUCGUACAAAAAUAAUCAAAACUCAAACUAGACUGAAAGCUCACUGAAAAUUAAGUUCAUGUCAGCACCAGUCUCCCAUAGAAAUGUUUAUGUCUGAAACGCUGUCAAGAUGCAGAAGACGUCAUAAUAACCGAAGUUAAAAACAAUGUGUUUGAGAGCUUAAAAACUGUGCAUGGUUUUUCCAAAUUUGUCUCCCGACUCUGAUAACAAACUGAGCCAAGAUUAUCAGAGAUACUGUAGGUUCAUGUAGGUGUUGAGUGACAUUAAGCCAGAACUCUGAUCUAUCGAGUUUACCAAUCCUGUUGGCCUAUAACUUGUCCUUGACCUCUGCCUUGUGUUCAUUUAUUGCCAGGAAAUGUAACUAGCUGACAACUUGUAUCGCAAAUGUAACAUUGUAAGCCUAACCUUUUUCCUGGUUGGUGAGCAUUUCACAUGGCCUUCGCUGUAUUUAAACUUGUGUACAUAUUAAAGAAACUUGCGUAAAAUAAAUUUUAAGGAAGAAGAAGUGACAAUGAUACCCCUGGAACUGAACAGGAACAUCUAAAGGCAAAGUAUACCUUUGGUUUUGGCAACAGUUCAACUGUAUAAAUGUAAUAUACAAUAAAACUAACCUGUGAAAUCAUUUCAAAAGGUGAUGGCCCGUAAUCUGGAGCAGUUUUGUCCUCAAACAGGAAGAAUAAUCCGUAAUUGGAAUAUACAAACUGAGAAGUAUUUCAUGCAGGAACAGUUCUCAGUUGUCUCUCUCUAAACUGAUAAACAUUGUCACCAGCUGAAGUGCUUCAAGUAACUAUAAAAUAAAUACUAAAUAGUAAACUUGCGAGUAUACAACCGUGUAUAAUAUCUCUUUUUAGGGAGUGUUGGCUCUGAAAAGAGCCGGUGUGGUCUCGACGUUUCAAACAGUAUACUCUACUCGUCUUUAGGAGUAUUAACCAAGGGUAUACCUCCCUUUAAGUGAACUACAUGUACCUAUCCCCUAAGAGUGUUUUAAGAUUGUCAAGCAUAAAAUAAACUUCAAACACUCAUAGUUUGUGUUCCAGUAGUUCUAUAACUCAAGACAUUGGUUUAUCAGGGCAAAUGAAACAAGUAGACUUAUUUGUUGUUAUGGUCAGGGAUUUUUUGAUUAUCAAUAUUUGUUGUCCUCUUCAAAAUUGAUGGUGUACUCCUAUAAUAUGUUUUUGUAUAUUUUUCUUGAAAGAUUUGUAACAAUUGAUAAUUGCUUGAUAUGUGUUGAUAUAAGUUAUAAAUGACAUGUUGAAUAAUAUAAAAAUUGUUGAGUAAUUGGUUAACAGCAUGGCAGAGAUUUUGUCAUUUUUAAUUAUCAUAGUAUUAGUACAGUAUCAAGUCGUCAGCUGUGCUUUAAGGUCGUUAGUUGAAAUUUCAUACUCGGAAUAACCAAAAGGUUGUAAAAAGUGAAAAAAAAAAACAUUAAUUUUUUUUUUAAAUGAGUCAAAAU